CUGUCAUCGGAAAGUGCGCAGGAGGUACUCGUACUUCAUCUUUGAUCAUCCUGCCUCCGAAGUAUCUUACAAAAUGUCUUGAUGGUGCCUGCCAUGCUCACUCUCUCAUCCCGCAAACUACAAUCAUGGCGUCCAACAGAACCGCACAAUUAACCACACUUCUAUGCAUGCUCGCACUGCUUCAACAUGCUCUUGCAUCCCCUGUCGCACGCAUUGCUACACCAAAGACAGACGCACUAUCCUUUGCUGAGCUCGUCAUUCGAACCUUUCGGCGAAUCCUCGACCUGGGCUUCCUCCAGGGCAUUGUCUCCUCCCUCUUGAUCCUGGGUUGCCUAGUCGGCCUUCUCAUAUGUGCUCUAUGCGCUUUGGCAAAUUACAUGCGGCACACCAACGAAGGAGAACUUUAUGAGAAUGUCGGCAUAAGCGAAUCUGGGAACCUCUUCUUCACAAAACAUGAGAAACGUGGACGAGACGUCUGCAACCUCUCGCAAUCUCCAUCCCAGAAUCCAAGCCGCAUUUCGCGAUAUCUCCUCUCGAGACAGGACUCACCAGUCACAAAGAUCAAUAUUCACACUACUUCUUCCCGGCGUCAGUUCCUUGCACCAUCAGAUGCACAUUCCAGAUCAUCACGAACUAUUUCUCCAUCACGAUCACUAUCCCGGCCUCUGCGCUCAGCAUUGUCCAAGUCUCCAUCACCCGCACGCCGAAGGCAGUUGACGUUCUUUGGCUCAAGAACAGCGAGCCCCAAUGGCACCUCAAAGUCCGUCCGAUGGGCCGACGAGAUCCAAGUCGCUGUCAUUGCCACUGUUGUGGACGUCCACACGUCUGAAACGGUGGCCGAGGUUGAGAUGGACAUUGGAUUGUCUAGGUACGAGAAGGCAGUCGAGGUGGAUGCUUCUACCGACGCGCCGCCCGCCUACAACAUCGCUGCAAAUGAUAUUACUCUGGACACUCAAGAGACGGAGAAGGCUUUGGCAGCAUGAUUAUCUUGUUUUUAUUUAUAUUGGUGCACGAUCUUGUGAGUGAACGCUCCUCUGGAGGCACGGAGCAUCUUUGGCAUUUUGAUACCCCUUAUAUGACGAGCGACAUUUCUAGCAGGAGAUUAUGAGAAUG